AUGGAGGAGGACGACGCAGUCCCUGCUGCCGGGGAGAUCGAGGCCCCGGAGGGGUCAAUGGCCCGAGGUGGGUCGGAGGCCCCCGAGGGGACCCAGGCGCCGGAGGGCGGGCAGCCCGUCCCCCACAUCGUUGUGGAAGACGAGGACAGCGCCCCACGCGAGGAUCCAGCCCCCGUGAGCCCCCAAGAGGGGGAGAAGGCGUCGGGGGUAGAGCUCGAGGAGCCCCCUCACCCAGUAGUGUCGGAGGGUCGGGCCGAGCCCUCCCCAACGUCCGGGGCGGGAGCCAGUGCCCCCGUGGAGGUGUCGCAGGCCGAGGCCAUCAUGGCGCCUCCUGCGCCGUCGGCAGGCGAGGCAGGGGUCCAACCGACGGCCCCUGGCACCGCGGGAGACCCCCAAGGAGCGCCGAGCUCCCAUAAGAACCGUAAGCAAAAGGCGCCUUCGGUGGCGCUGGCCCCCCUGAAAGCUGUGAAGAGGGGGGCUCAGUCAACCCCCGGGUCGGCUAGGCCCGUGUCGCCGCCACCUCCGGGCUACGAGGAGGCAGGGCGUCACCAGGGGCAAGACACGGGGGCGCCGAAGCCCCAAGGACCGGAGGGGACGACCCUUGCCCCCGAGGCUGCGCCUCCUUCGGGAGAUGCUGAUCUGGGGGGCGCGGGCCGACCUGCGCAUACCGAGGGAGGCCGAGCCAUCGUGGUGUCCAGCGCGGCGCCCGAGGGCCCCGCGGCGGGAGGGGAGGAAGGGGCCGGAUGGGGCAAGAGCCCCGGUCUGGACGCGUGUGGGCGCGCUGGUGUCGAGGCCCUUAACCGAGCUUCUCAGCUCGUGGGCCGUGACAUGUUCAAUCUGGCUCAGGCGCUCAAGGCCACCUCCCUGGAGAAGUCAGUAUUUCUCCAUCGGGAAAGGGAUGCCAGGGCGUCCUUCGAGAACGAGAGGGCUGCCAGGGAGGCGGCAGAGGGAGAGCUCGCGAAGGAGUUCUGUGAGGGCUACGUUCUCCCGGAUGAUGAGACUGAGGCCCAGGAGGAGGUGCAGAGGCUUGAGGACGCCGUGGCUGCCCCCGGAGAUGCCUUGGCCACCUUCUUCGACGACGAGGUGGAGCUUCCCCCCCUCGGGGCUCAAGGACCUGGGCAGACAGGGCAGUAG